AAGAGAGCUCUCAGAGAAUGACAUCUGCAGUGCCUAAAACCAGCAAGGAUUCAGACGCCUGCAAAUUAAGACGGAGCAGAAAGGAGACCCACAUAAAAAGGGGGCAGCCACUUUGAGCAGGUGUUCCAAGAAGGGGAACCCCGGGGGUGGCGGGUAAAUGAACUGAUUCUCAAGCUUGCUGAGACUUGAACGAGACCGUGUACCACAGCUGGAUGAGUAAAAUCCCCGAAGACAACCCCCAGGUAGACACACUGGACACAGCUCCAGAGGUGCUGAGCUCCCUGGCCACGUUCAUCUGUGCAUGCGGCACGAUGGGCAAUGGCCUGGUGGUCUGGCUGCUGAGCUGCCGGGGUCCGAGGACCCCCUUCUGCAUGUACGUCCUCCACCUGGCCGUGGCUGACCUCCUCUUCCUCCUCUGCACGGCCGUCACGCUCUAUCUAGAAACCCCCGUGCUGGCCUACGAGGUGAUGCAGAGAGUGAAGUUCUUCGCCUACACCGCCAGCCUGAGCCUGCUGACGGCCAUCAGCACGCAGCGCUGCCUGUCUGUCCUCUUCCCCAUCUGGUACAAGUGUCACCAGCCCCAGUACCUGUCAGCCGUGGUGUGUGCCCUGCUCUGGGCGCUGUCCCUCCUGAUGAACGUGCUGGCCUCACUCUUCUGCAGCAAGUCCUGGUACGGCACGCAAAAGCAGUGUUUCACGGUGGACUCUGUCUUCAGCUUCCUCAUUAUGGGGAUCUUCACCCCAGUGAUGACCCCGUCCAGCGUGACCUUCGUGCGGGUGCGGAGGAGCUCGUGGCAGUGGCGGCGGCGGCCCACGUGGCUGUACGUGGUCCUCCUGGCCUCCGUCACGGUGUUCCUCGUCUGCACCCUGCCCCUCGGCAUCAGCUGGUUCUUCCUCUACUGGCUGGACGUGCCCCAGGAACAGAAGGCUCUAUUCCACCACGUGGCAUGCCUCUCCUCAGCCCUGAGCAGUAAUGCCAAUCCUGUCGUCUACUUCGUGGUGGGCAGCCAGGGUCACCGGGGCCUGUGGGUGCCCCUGGGGGCCGUACUCCUCAGGGCGCUGAGGGAGGAGCCUGAGGGGGAGGGGACGGAGACACCCUCCACCGGCACCAACGAGCUGGGGGCCUGA